UGCAGAGCAACGUUGCAGAUCGAAAAAGUAUCAUCGAAUCGAUUUCAUCGUAUCGGAGAUCUCUCAGGUUAUCAGCGAUCUCAAGGAGCGUCACUAAGAAAUGCAAUGUCCCAAUCAUAUUAACACUGAGCACAUACAUUUUGGAACCUGACCACUUGGAAGCAACGCUUGCACAAAAUGACAUCAAUUGGGAACAUUUCAUCGCACCGCAAACCGAGGCGCAGUUGUUGUCUAAGGCGACUUUACUACCACUGGAAUGGUUCGAUGAUUUCGAGUACGAUCCCAUGUCCGCCGAGAGGUGGCUUGCGAUCGAGAAUCUGCAAGGGAUCGCCCUGAUUCAGGACGCCGGUUCGGGUGAAUGGUUGUGGAAAACGGUUGUCGUCAUUGACUAUGACAGCGAGCGGUUCCUUUGGACAGUUGCGGACAAUGGAGAUUUUUGGGCGUUGCCACGAAUAAGACUGUAUAUGGUGUACGAAGAUCCAGCCUGUUAUCGCGCCCGAGUUUCGUCGGCUCUCAGCAGACGGAAGGAUGCUGAGAUAUAUUUGCGGAAUUCUUUUUUUUCUCGCAUCUUAAAUGUUGGAGAGUACUAUGAGAUGCCCAGAGAUAUGCGAAAGCGCAUCGAUGAAUGGUCGAACGGAGAUGCGCGGAGAAUCUUUGAAAAUAUAUACCACAUGUUUCACACGAGGUCAUCACUGAAUCUGUACCUGAAGGAGAAUCAGCAAUUGAAUAUGGACGUUUACAGCGUGAGACAUGAAAAAGCGUCCGUUUUGCGUGACAAUUGUUUUCGGCGAGAACAUUGUUUCAAAGAAUCAUUUGCAGUGUUGAAGCGCAUCACUUUGCUUUGUCAUCCAGCUGUAGUUUAUGCGAUGGAAAUGGUUCACCAGGAAUGCGAGAUGCUAAGAAAGCUAUCGCUAUUUUCAUUACAUGACAGCAACACCAUAGUUUUGACUGAGUUCACCGCUGCAAAUGAGAUACAACUUAAGAAGACGAUACGUUAUCUGCGGAAUAAUUGGAUCGAGAGAACUACAAUGCAUGUUUAUAGGAAUCUGUUCGAAGCAGGUCGGGGUUGGUUUGACAUCACCGUCAACGAUUGGACCAUUUACAAGUUUAUGAAACUUUAUCGAUUCAUGGAGCAAGUCAAGCACAGGAUGCAAACUUCGCUGCGAGAUUUGGUGUUCUUGUCGACCCAUAAUUAUUUCCACAGAUUGUGUGACUCUUGCGAACCAUGUCUCCUGAUUGAGGAGGAUAGCUACUCUUGGGAGGAGAACUUAAUCGAUUCGCCCUUCGAUUCGGGCAAGCAAACUGUUUUCUAUCUGCUGCUGGAAAUGGGAGACGACGCUCCAUUCUAUUCAAUUGAUCCCGAUGAAUUUGGACCCUGUCUCGAAACACUGUUCAACGAAGCAAUCGUACAAACGCACGAUGUUCAUUUGAUAGAUCCUUCACUGUUUGGUUCACUCAUUUUCGCUCCCAAUUUGUUUCUGUCGUCCGUUGGUUUGAUCGAUCCAAUUAUCGAAGAUCGAAGGAGUAAUCUUAUUCUAUCCUAUCGGAAGAGCAUUCUUCCACUGAAAGCUUACGCCGCCCGUUACGCCGAGUUCAAACAGUUAUACUUCACGAACAUUGGAGAAUACGUCGAAGAAGUUAGGCUCUCCAAAACUACAUCCCAGGUAAAGGAAGAAAUUUCGUUUCAAAUACGAAUGCGGGAAAGUCUGGAACGAACACUCCCGCUGAGCAUUGUCAUUGGUCCAUUUUGGGUCAAUGUUAAACCGCUUCGCGAGGUACUAAUCCAGAAGAGAGUGGAUCUCAUGUUUGCUCUACUUAAAAUGUUGACGGCGCGUCUUGCUGAUAAAACUUCGGAUAUUUUGUCCGAUUAUAACGAAAUCAUGGAGAAGAUGUGCCAAAAACCAGUUUCGAUCGAACACAUUUAUGAAAUUCGUGAAUUUAUGACAACCAUACCUGAACUGUUGCAACGGUUGGAAGACCGCAUGAAGACGGUUGUGUACGAAUACGAAAUUUUAGACUUCUUCCGAUAUGCGCUUCCUGAUGCGGAUUUUUAUCAGAAGUGGAACGCACUUUCAUUCCCGCUGUCGAUUACGAAGCAGAUCGGUUCGGUUCAGGAGUUUCACGAGGCUGAAGUUGAUAAAUUCCGGAAGCAACAAGUCGGAGAUGAGGCAGCUUUCGCGGGUAGCAUUGAAGAUAUCAAUGUUCACAUCUCGAAGUACACAACUAUGUACGACGUAACUAAAGUGACGGAAGUGUCGAUCGAGGUGAAGAAACUCUGGAAGACUAUAAACGAGUUGAUACAGCAUGGUCACACUCUCAAUAUACGCCAAGAGUUGUUCGAAAUGCCACCGAUCGACAUGUCAAAUCUGUUUGAACUGCAGGAAGGAUUUGUGUCCUACAAAAACAUGUGGACCUACGCUGCGGAGUAUAUCAAUGUGGAGGAAAGUUGGCGGGAAAAUCCAUUAUCCAGUUUAGAAGUGGAUGGUGUCAACAGAACAAUUGAGCAUUACAAAGCUAGUUUGGAGAAAUUGAUGGAACCAUUCGAGGAUCAGCCUCAGAUUCAGGAAGUGAUUUCGACUUUUAUUUCACGAAUAGAAUCCUUCGAACCGAAUGUAGCCAUUAUAGAACUUUUACAGCAUCCAAUCCUUGAACCGAUGCAUUGGGUUCAGUUUGCAAAGGCAGCGAAAAUUAAGACUAAACUUUCACUCGCAAUCAAUUUGGGUCUGUUUUUGGAACAUAACAUUGAAUAUAAUUUGGACACUCUUCAAAGAAUCAUAACAGAAGCCGAAGAACACAAGCAAGAGUUAGAAAGGAUCAGAUUGGAGGAGGAAGAAAUCCAACGGAAAGAAGAGGAAUACCGGAGAAGUCGUGAACUUCGACGGCUGCAACGAACUGAGAUUUGA